GCUUUCAUCCUUUUAACGUCUGACUCCUAGUUCUUGUUUCCUUCUCUUCGAGUCAUUCGCUAUUAUUGGUGGAAUCCGUAGAAGUUGCUACCUUACUUUGCAAAGCGUAUUCCAGCUACGGCUUAGAAAGAAAUAGAAAACGACUAUGGUCAAGCGUCCGAGCAUAACAUCUAGUAGCGUUAGCGAAUAUCUAGACACGCCUCCAUCAAAGAAAACUCGCGUCGACCGUGACGAUGGUUCGCGGUCGCGUCGUAAGGGGGAGGCGGGAGCACGGAAUGAUGCAAGUGAAGAAAACGGAAAUAAUGGCGACGUUGACACUUACAUGGACUAUGAUGACGAGAAGUUUGAAAAGACGUACAAAGACAGGAUCCUUGCGUCGCUUAAACGCGAGACAGAGUGUUCUAGGGGAGUUGCUGAAUACGGUAUCAUAGAGUACAUCGAAAUGCACCAGUUCAUGUGCCACAGAUACUUGUC